UCUGAAAGUAAAGUAAAAAAAACCCUCCAAAAAUAUAUUUUCACUGUGAAAUCCCGCUAGAAAUUCACUUUCACCCUAAAAUCUCCCCCAAAAAAUCACUUUCACGCUACAAUCCCAGCAACUUCAAUUCUCUUCAAAGUUCACAAAGGUUGCAAAAUUCAUCGGUCAGACCUCAGAAGCUUGCAAGAUUCAUCACUCCGAACUUUGGCGUCAAAAUUCUAAUCUCUCUCCGAGGGACUUUACACAAACUCUACUAUUGGAUUAUCUGCCUAAUCAAGAGUUAUGUCACCAAGUAAGCAAUGGAUGCAACUUGUUGAUAAUCGACUUGAUGAACCCUAUUUAAUUGGGGUGCAAAAAUUUUUGGAUUAUGCCUUUAGAAGAACAGGAGAAUUGUAUGAAAUACGUUGUCCGUGUGUCAAAUGUUGUAACACAACAUUGGGAACACGUGAGACAGUCGAGAUACAUUUAAAAGUAUAUGGAAUAAUUCGAAAUUAUACCUUUUGGUAUUAUCAUGGUGAAGUUUUGGGUGAGCCACAGUCGGAAUGCGAAGUUGAAGAUGAUAAUGAAGUAGAAGAUUAUGAGGAUGAGGAUGAAAUACAUGAAAUGCUGAGGGAUUUGUAUCCUAAUCAUGAUGGAGGUACUGCAGACGUUAAUUAUAAUAAUUUACUUGUAGAGGAACAGAAUGUUGAAGCCAAAAAGUUUUACAACCUAUCGAAAGAUUUCGAAAAGCCACUAUACCAAAAUUCGAAAAUUUCAAAACUUUCCACUUUGUUAAACUGCUUCACAUAAAAAGUAUGGGUCGUUGGAGCAAUGAGUUAUUUACAAUGUUAUUAAAAAUGUUGAAGGAUGAGUUGUUGCCUGAUGGAGCGAAUGUGUCAAAUUCAUAUUAUAAGGCAAAGAAGGUGAUUCGGGACCUUGGGUUGUCCUACAAAAAAAUUGAUGCUUGUAUAAAUGAUUGCAUGUUAUAUUGGAAGGAAAAUAACUUACUUGAUUCCUGUAGAGUCUGUGGUGCAUCCAGAUGGAAAACAGAUAAACAUAGCGGGGAAGCAAAGAAUAAGAAUGGUAAAAAAAUAGCAUCAAAGACGUUACUCUAUUUUCCAUUGAAGCCUAGGCUUCAAAGGUUGUUUAUGUCUACAAAGACAUCUUCUCUAAUGACAUGGCAUCAUAAUGAAAGAGUUGAUGAUGGAACAACGAGGCACCCAGCUGAUUCAAUGGCAUGGAAAUCAUUUGAUGAAUUUCAUUCCUCAUUUGCGGCCGAGCCUCGUAAUGUUUGACUUGGACUUGCUAGUAAUGGAUUCCAGCCAUUUAGGAAUUCAAAAACCUCAUAUAGUAUUUGGCCUGUGGUACUUAUUCCUUAUAAUUUACCAUCUUGGUUGUGUAUGAAACAUGAAAAUUUCAUUAUGUCCAUGCUUAUUCCUGGUCCCGAUAGUCCAGGUGAUGUAAUUGACACAUAUCUUCAACCCUUGAUAGAGGAAUUAAAUGAGUUGUGGGAAAUUGGUAUUGAGACAUUUGAUGCAUCAACUCGACAGAAUUUUAAGUUACAUGCUUCUUUGUUAUGGACCAUCAAUGACUUUCCAGCAUAUGAAAAUUUAUCUGGAUGGAGUACAAAAGGUAAAUUGGCAUGUCCAUGUUGCAACAUUGACACUUCCUCAAUCAGAUUGAAGAAUGGUAAGAAACAAUAUUUUAUGGGUCAUCAGCGUUACCUUUCUCUUAAUCACAAAUGGAGGAAUGAUAAGGAAUCAUUUGAUGGCACAAAAGAGAAAAGGCUCCCAUCAAAAAUGCGUUCUGGUAUUGAGAUACUUAAUCAAGUGGAAGAUCUUAAAGGGUUCCAAUUGACAAAGGAUCCAAUGAAAAGGAUCAAGAUAUCACAUGAUGUUCGAAAAGAUAAUUGGAAUAAGAGGAGUAUCUUUUUUGAACUUCCAUACUGGAAAUCUCUCUUGUUGCGAUAUAAUUUGGAUGUUAUGCAUAUCGAAAAAAAUAUUUGUGAUAAUAUUUUGGGGACGAUAAUGAAUGCCAAAGGAAAGACCAAGGAUACCAUUAAAACUCGACUAGAUUUGCAAGAAAUGAACAUUAGACCGGAAUUGCACCCUAUUAAAAAUGGAGAAAAAUAUGAAGUUCCAACUGCAUGUUAUAUAUUAUCUCCCCAAGAAAAGCACAACAUAUGCCUUUUCUUAAAGAAUUUAAAGGUUCCAUAUGGAUUUUCGUCUAAUAUUUCUCAAUGUGUUAACUUGAAAGAGCAUAAGAUUUCUAGCUUAAAGAGUCAUGAUUGUCAUGUUCUUCUACAACAUUUACUCCCUCUUACACUACGUGGUAUGUUGUCUAAAACUGUGUGUGAACCCCUUAUCGAGUUGUCUUUAUUUUUUAAUGUGUUGGGAGCAAAGGUAUUAAGGACUAAUGACUUGGAUCAGAUUGAAGCUCAAAUUCCUAUAACUCUUUGUAAGUUAGAAAAGGUCUCCCCUCCUUCAUUUUUUGUUAUCAUGGUGCACUUGCCUACUCACUUAGCUAAUGAAGCUAAGCUUGCUGGACCUGUUCAGUAUCGGUUGAUGUAUCUGUAAUGACCCGAUCGAUCGUUUUAAGCAUUUAUACUCCUUUCAAC